CUUUCUCUCUCAGAAAUAAUAAAAAAAAAAAAGCUUAUUUUUCUAAAAUAUGCCGCCUCAAGUGAAAGAAGAUGAUGAUGCAAGAACUCCACUCCUCGGUUACAACAUUGAUACAUUCACAAUAAACGCCAAGCAAUUAGUAGGGCUUGUAGAACACCCUAAUUUGUUACCGCGGUUGGGCGGGACGAGUGGCAUUUGCCAAUCACUCAGAGUGGACCCAACUACAGGCCUCUUACCAGACGAGACCUUUGACCCAUGUUAUGGCGUCGUUGUUCCACAAAAGCUGCAGCACGCUCCUGAUUUCUUUGCAGAUCGAAAGUCUAUCUUUGGUAAAAAUGAAAUUCCAAGUGCUCCUACAAAAACUUUUCUGCAAUUGAUUUGGGUAGCCUACUAUGAUCAAACCCUCAUUAUGUUGACUAUCGCCUCUAUUAUUUCCUUAAUGGUUGGUAUCUGGGAUGAUCACUCACCAAAACAUCCAGUAGACGAGCCAAAAGUUGGAUGGGUAGAAGGGGUUGCCAUCCUUGUCGCUGUCACUGUCGUAGUCAUCACAAAUGCCAUUAACGACUAUGAAAAGGAGAAGCAAUUUCAAAAAUUGAAUGCCAAAAAAGAGGAUAGACCAGUCAAAGUUUUGCGUAGCGGACUUUCUCAACAAAUUCACAUCCAGGAAAUAGUUGUGGGGGAUAUCUUGUUUAUUGAACCUGGAGAUAUCUUGAAUGUGGAUUGUUUGUAUAUUGAAGGCCACAAUCUACGUUGCGACGAAUCCGCUGCGACUGGCGAAUCCAAAACAAUGAAGAAGGACAUUGAUUCAAAAGGAGAUUGUGUUAUUAUUAGUGGAUCCAAAGUGGUUCAAGGUUUUGCAAAGGUGAUUGUGGUGGCGGUUGGUGUGAAUUCACAUUAUGGCAGAGCGAUGACUUUAAUGCGUGACUCAAAAGAAGAAACUACUCCAUUACAACUUAAAUUAAACGUGCUGGCUGACCAAAUUGCCAAGUUUGGCUUUAUUGCUGCCGGUAUAAUGUUGUUUGUCUUGAUCUUAAAGAUGGGUGUGAUAAGUUUUAUUGAUCAAAGGUGGCUGCCAACAAAUGAAUUGACUUCUCAAUUGAUCAGUAUCGUUAUCCAAGCAAUCACUGUUAUUGUUGUUGCCGUGCCUGAAGGUCUUCCAAUGGCUGUUACACUUGCACUUGCAUUUGCCACUACUGAAAUGUUAAAAGACAACAAUCUUGUCAGACAUCUCUCUGCAUGUGAAACAAUGGGUAAUGCUACUACCGUAUGUUCCGACAAAACAGGUACCUUAACCGAAAAUAAAAUGUCUGUGGUUUGUGCAAGUAUUGCCAACAAGCAAUUGAAUUCCUUCGAUGACCUCCAAACACGGACCAGCAAAUCAUUUGCUACGGAUUUAGCAGCAGAAAACAUGUCUGUGAACUCGACUGCGUUUGAAGGAAGAGACACGGAUGGCAAUGUCCGAUUCAUUGGUUCUACUACAGAAUGUGCCAUGCUUGAGUUUGUAACAAAACUGGGUUACUCCUACAAUGACAACCGUAAAUCGACACAAUGCGCUUAUGUCUAUCCCUUUAAUUCUACUGUCAAGAGUAUGACUACAGUCAUCAAAACCAAUGAUAGCAAUGCGGCUUCUCCUGACCGCUCCAAAUACCGUAUAUAUACAAAAGGGGCUCCCGAAAUGGUCAUUCAAGCGUGUUCUCAUUAUUUAGAUAGUGAUGGCCAAGUCAAACCUCUUAACAGUUAUAUUCGCGUAGAUCAAGAAAUGCUGGUUAAUUCUUACGCUGGUCGUUCCUUACGCGCUCUAGCCCUGGCCUAUCGUGAUGUUGAUACCGAAACAUUUAACGCUUUUCAUUCAGAUGACCCACCUCUUAAGCAGCUUGUUCUGAUUGGUAUUAUUGGCGUUCAAGAUAAGCUUCGCCAAGGUGUCGUUGAAUCUGUUCAGGAAUUCCGACGUGCAGGCGUGUUUGUUCGCAUGAUUACGGGAGAUAAUCUUCAAACCGCUAAAUCGAUUGCCAGAGAAUGUGGCAUCUUGACUUCAGGCGGUGUCGCUAUGACAGGCCCAGACUUUAGGGCGCUAAGUGCUAAGGAGCAACACGAUGUGAUUCCUCGCCUUCAGGUACUGGCGCGUUCUUCGCCCAUUGAUAAAACCCUUGUUGUAACUCGACUUCAGGAGCUGAAUGAAGUUGUCGCCAUGACAGGUGACGGUACAAACGAUGGCCCUGCACUCAAGUUAGCUAAUGUAGGUUUUGCCAUGGGCAUCACUGGUACGGAAGUAGCUAAAGAAGCCUCUGAUAUCAUCUUGAUGGACGAUAACUUCAAUUCCAUCCUGCAAUCAUUGAAAUGGGGAAGAGCCGUCAACGAUGGUGUCCGCAAAUUCUUGGUCUUUCAAUUAACCGUCAACAUUGCUGCCGUGGUGCUUUCUUUUGUCAGUGCCGUACUAUCCGACACAUCCGAGAGUAUUUUGAGUGCCGUCCAAUUGCUUUGGGUCAACAUGAUUAUGGAUACCUUUGCUGCAUUGGCUCUUGCUACUGAACCUUUAACAGAUGAAUUGGUCAAUCGCAAACCCCUUCGCAAGGAUGCUAGUCUGAUCAACUGGCGUAUGGGCCGCAUGAUUAUGGGACAAGCGAUUUUCCAAAUCGCCGUCAAUUUAUUACUCAUGUUUCAUGGUCCCUCUCUGUUUGGUCUGUCCGACUCGGUGGAGGACACGAAAAUCUUACGUACCAUGGUCUUCAACGUCUUUGUCUUUCUUCAGGUCUUUAACGAGUUGAAUUGCCGUCGUAUUGAUGACCGUCUGAAUAUUAUGCGCGGCAUCACACACGACCGUUUGUUUUUGGUGAUCCAAGGUUUUACUGUGGCUGGUCAAAUGCUUAUUAUUCAAUAUGGCGGGUUAGCGUUCAAGACGGUACCUUUGACCUUGAGCCAAUGGUUGUUUACAGUCGCCAUUGGAUCACUCUCUAUUCCUGCUGGUACGUUGAUCCGCCUUUUACCAAAUCAUUUGCCUGGCGUGUGGAGUGAGAAUAACGAUGAUGAGUUUAACCAUGCUGUAAGUUACUCUCGUCUUCGUUGGGAAUCCGUCGUCUCGCGUAUUAUGAGAGACAUCCAUCGUAAGAAGAAUGCUGAUAUUGAGUUGGUAACAGAUACAAACUUGAUCCAACCUGUCGAGACAGCACGCAAUAUGAGACAAACAAAAGCUUCGAAUAAAAGACAUGCAAAAGUCUAAUUUGAAAGAAAAAAAAAGGGACUUGAUUUUAUUUUUUUAUUCUAUUAAAUAAAGCUAU